AUGUCAGCUGUGUCACUUGACACUUCAUUUUUCAGGUGGAGACGUCUUCUUGCUGCUUCAAUUAAACAUAGUAUAAAAAAUAUUAAAGAUCCAAUUUUAAUUAUAAAACGGGAAAUGAGUGCAAAUAUGAGUGAUAAAUUUAAGUUGCCUGCCCGCUAUGGUGCCGGCGAAAAAAGUGUUUGGGUGGAAUAUAUCCAGCUUGCGGCAGAAUAUAAACCAGCUGUCAAUCUCGGACAAGGCUUUCCUGACUAUCAUGCACCUGAUCAUGUUAGGAAAGCACUAUCUGAUAUUGCUAUUGGAGAAAACCCACUACUCAAUCAAUAUACAAGGGGAUUCGGUCAUCCUCGAUUGGUACAAAAUCUAGCCAAAGUAUACUCUCCAUUGAUUGGUAGAGAAUUAGACCCCUAUAAUGAAAUACUGGUGACAAAUGGUGCCUAUGAAGCACUGUUUUCUGCUAUUUUAGGCCACGUGGAUGAAGGCGAUGAAGUUAUUGUAAUAGAACCCUUCUUUGAUUGUUACGAGUUUAUGAUCAAGUCGGCUGGUGGCAUUCCCAAGUUUAUUGCUUUGGCUCCUAAAUCUUCCAAACCAGUAAUGACAUCAGCUGAUUGGGUCUUAGAUGAGAAGGAAUUAGCAUCCCUUUUCACAGAUCGUACAAAAAUGCUUAUUUUAAACACCCCCCACAACCCUCUGGGAAAGGUGUUUAAUAGACAAGAGUUAGAAGUAAUAGCUAAUCUAUGCAAGAAACACAAUGUCCUGUGUUUAUCUGACGAAGUGUAUGAGUGGAUGGUGUUUGAACCAAACAAACAUAUAAGGAUGGCGACCUUGCCGGGCAUGUGGGAGCGCACCAUCACGGUGGGGUCGGCGGGCAAGACGUUCUCGGUGACGGGCUGGAAGACGGGGUGGGCGUACGCGCCGGCGCCGCUGCUGCGCAACCUGCAGGUGGUGCACCAGAACUGCGUGUACACCUGCUGCACGCCCGUGCAGGAAGCUGUAGCCCGAUCUUUUGAGAUAGAGUUAGCUCGGAUCAAUUCGCCAGAGUGCUACUUUGUAUCACUUGCUAAGGAGUUGCUUUCUAAAAGGGACUAUCUGGUCAAAGUUCUCAGAGAUAACGGGUUCAAUCCCACGAUACCGGAUGGUGGCUACUUCAUCGUUGCUGAUUGGUCUCAACUUGCAAACAAAAUAGACCUUUCGUCGGAGCCAGAUAAGUACAAAGACUACAAGUUCACGAAGAAGUUCGCGAAGGAAGUCGGCGUGUUGACGAUACCGCCCACCGCCUUCUAUUCAGAGCAACACAAACAUCUCGGCGAGAACUUUGCUAGAUUCUGCUUUAUAAAGAAAGAUGAAAACUUAGCACUUACUGAAAAACUAAUCAAGGAAUGGAACGCGAAGAAG